CUCUCCACUCAACUCGAACACUAGAAGCCCAAACUAUCAUCAAAUCACGAUACAUACAUACAACAAAAAGUCCAGCAUUUUCUUAGACUAUUAGCAUACUAUCUCUUCGAGCGCAUCAUGCCCGCACACUUCGAUUCUCCAAUUGCCCCCAAUUUCUCGCGAAGACUCUCCGAGAAGACCCUGGAUACCAUCAAGGAGUUCCCCAAAACAGAAAGCCCAACACAGCCCCAAACCUUCCUCUACAGCCCAUCAGAAGCCUCUUUUCGCAUGGACUCACCAUUGCUGCCGCAUAUCGAGCGGCACGCCUCAGAAGACACUGCAUGCAACUCCAUCACAGAGGGCGCGUAUCCAAGUCCCCUCCACCAACGCACCUUUCUGCACAGUCCAUCAGAAGCAUCAUUCCACUCUCACUCAUGGUCAUCUUCCACCGCCGUAGAGAGGCCCAGUCCGCGCCUGACGACGCAUCGGAUCAGCGACUUGUUGCCCCAUGAGACGGAUUUCUACUACUCUGAAGGCGAAGACGACGACUAUCUUGCCGAGUGGAACGUGUCGCCGCCUAGCGAGCACGUAGGGACCGAGACUGAGCCUCUGCUCGAUCAGGCUAGACUGGACCUGCCAGUCAUCAAGGACAAGGAUUUCCCCUACUAUACUGAACCGGUGCCGGUGCAGUCUGCGCGUUCUAUCGCAGAGGAACGGCAGGAUGAUCUGAGGGUCUUGAGGAGGAAGUUAGACAAGAUGAGUGCACCGCGGAUGUUUUCGAUUCGGGAUGUUUGGAGGCAGAUGUUGAUGAAGGUAAAGAGGAAGACUCAUGUUUAGGGGGAUUUCGAGGUCUUUUGCGUCUUAGUCGGCGUGAAGCAUAAGUAAGGUCUAAUCUAUGUAGUAUGCCCCUACCCCUUG